AGUCGUCCCUGUAGAAGUGACCAGCUAUGUAUCCCUGUAGUUAAGUCAACAUCGCACAUUUGUGUUCAAGCUGUACCUGCAUCGGCCGCGACUACUGCCUCAUCAGGAUCAACUACAAUGCUGACAACUCGAAGUCUCAUUACUUCCCGAAAUCCAGCACCCUCAACAACACCAGAAGCAACUAACCAUGAUCAAAGUACAACCACACCAGAGGCAACUACUCUAGAACCAACUACAACUACACCAGAAACAACUACCCCAGAACCAACUACAACCACACCAGAAACAACUACAACACCAGAACCAACUACUCUGGAACCAACAACAACUACACCAGAAACAACUACAACUACACCAGAAACAACUUCCUCAGAACCAACUACAACCACACCAGAAACAGCUACAACACCAGAAUCAACUACCCCAGAAACAACUACAACUACACAAGAAACAACUACCUCAGAACCAACUACAACCACCCCAGAAACAACUAUAACUACACCAGAAGCAACUACCUCAGAAACAACUACAACACCAGAAGCAACUACCCAAGAAACAACUGCAACUACACCAGAAAUAACUACAACCACACCAGAAGCAACCACUACACCAGCAAAUGACGUCAGCUGUGAGAUCGAGGCUGACUGUGGUAUAUUUCCCGGAACAACAUGUUUUGGCGGUCUGUGCACAUGCAGCAUUGGAUACGGCCUAGACGUGGCAGGAAGUCUUUGUAGAGAUCUAAGUGAAUGUACGUCUUUCAGAGACAACUUCACUUUGUCUGCUCCAAUUGAGCCAGAGCCAACAACAUCUCAACAAAAGAAGAGGCGAAUACUUGAUGAGGAGGGAGAGUAA